CAGUGAGGGGCUGGGGUGUGGCUCAGUGGUAAGAGCCCCUGCCUGGAAUCCCCAGUGAGGGGCUGGAAAAAUGGUGCCCAGGCUGCCCUUCACCCCAGUAACAGCUCCAGGCAGUGCGAAACGCAUCUUUCCUAAAAGUUCCAAGUAAAAGACCCGAGGUUCUCUGAGGUCUUGGGCCGUGUGCUUGUUAUUGAACCAAUGGUCUCAGCCAAAGGAAAGAAAUUUCUGGUUGGCCACUGAUGUAUUCCUUCUUAAAGCCAGGAUGUGGAGUCAGCACCUGACAGGAUUAAAGAUCACCACCUCAACUGUGGCAGCUAAGAUAAGACAGACUCAUGGGAAGGCACAAAGCCUAGGCCUGAUCAACCUAGAGAUAUUAGAUCCUAGUAUGUUGGGAGCCUGGAGUUAGAAUUCCAAACUUGGUACCUGUGCAAUGUGUUAGGAUUAGAAUGAGCAGCUCCCAGGACCAGCAUGGCGGCAAAGGAGCCUCACAGCUCAUGUGUGAGCCCCGCAAAAUUACACUCUGUGGGUCACAAAUGGCACUUACGUGUGACUGAAAAUAAUACAGAUGUCACAAUGGGAGACUUGGACGGAGGUUUCUGUGAGCCCUCUAUUGGACAGGGGCUGUACUGUACUGGCUUCUUAGUUCCCCCAAGUGGCAUACCAAAAAGUGUGUGGCUCCACCCCUCCACCAGCUCUUCCUCGUGAACUUCCCACCUGUCCAUCACAAUCAGAUCCCACAAGGCCAAGCCCCCACUGACCAGGCACCAUGCUGGGAUUUCAUUCUUCUAAGAUCGAGUCUCUACCCACACUAUCUGUCCCCGUCCAUCUGUCUGUCUGUCUGUCUCACUCUGGUCUGAAUGUCUGCUCACCACGGCUCCCAGCUUUCUUGUCUGCCAGCACCAUGCUCCCACAUACUUCCCCCGGUACCAACCCCACCCCACAGUCUUAUCUCUCUGUCCCUCCUCUGCUUCCGAGGAACAUGUUUGGACGCGGGUCCCCUCAGAGGACUCCAGCCAGAUAGAGCUGCUGAAGGAGCUGCUGGACCUCCAGAAGGACAUGGUGGUGAUGCUGUUGUCCCUCCUGGAAGGGAACGUGGUAAACGGCAUGAUUGCGCGGCAGAUGGUAGACAUGCUCGUGGAAUCCUCUUCCAACGUGGAGAUGAUCCUCAAGUUUUUCGACAUGUUUCUGAAACUCAAGGACAUCGUGGGCUCUGAGGCCUUCCAGGACUACAUCACAGACCCUCGUGGCCUCAUCUCCAAGAAGGACUUCCAGAAGGCCAUGGACAGCCAGAAGCAGUUCUCUGGUCCAGAGAUCCAGUUCCUGCUGUCGUGCUCCGAAGCCGACGAGAACGAAAUGAUCAACUGUGAAGAGUUUGCCAACCGCUUCCAGGAGCCGGCGCGGGACAUCGGCUUCAACGUGGCCGUGCUGCUGACCAACCUGUCAGAGCACGUCCCCCACGACCCGCGCCUGCGCAACUUCCUGGAGCUGGCCGAGAGCAUCCUGGAGUACUUCCGGCCUUACCUGGGCCGCAUCGAGAUCAUGGGCUCCUCGCGUCGCAUAGAGCGGAUCUACUUCGAGAUCUCAGAGACCAACCGUGCCCAGUGGGAGAUGCCCCAGGUGAAGGAGUCCAAGCGCCAGUUCAUCUUCGACGUGGUGAACGAGGGCGGCGAGUCGGAGAAGAUGGAGCUGUUUGUCAGCUUCUGCGAGGACACGAUCUUCGAGAUGCAGAUCGCGGCUCAGAUCUCGGAGCCAGAGGGCGAGCCGGAGCAGGACGAGGACGAGGGCGCGGAGGAGGCCGAGGAGGGCGCGGCGGGCCCCGACGGCACCGGGGUGGCGGCGGCGGCGGGCGUGGGGGGCACUUGA